AAUCUCAGCAAGAAUUAAUAUUAAAAUUUGCAGAAUUAUAUCAGAGUUAUUCACCAGACAUUGAAUUUGGAUUUAAUACAGGAGGAUACGAUUGGAAUUUUAUAUUACGAAAGUCGAUGGUUCUUGAGAUUUAUGACCAGUUUGUCUCGAUAAUAACAAACACAAAGUCCAACACCAAUCUAAAAAUUCAAGAAAUUCAGAUACGAGUUGUUGAUUUGGAUAUUGAAAAAGUAAAUCAGAAAUAUGAGUUCGCAGGAAUAAACAUAAACAAUCGGAAGAUAAAGGUUAAUCUUAUGGAAACGAUGAAAUGUGAAUUCUUAAAAAUCCCAAGGACAAUUUUUAUCGAUUUGCUAAUUUGGUCAAAAAAAACAUUCCAAACUGAAAUUAAAAAUACGCUUGAUGUAGUAUUAAAACAUUGUGGUCUAUCCGGCAAGAUCGAUUUACUGUAUCUACUGGAAAAAAAUUCAAUCGAUUUACGAUGCAUGUUUGUUUAUGCGAAUGCGAUAAUUUUUCAUUAUAACAAACAAAUUUUAACUCAACUUGCGGUACAACUUUCCAAAAAAACCAAGAUCCAGCUUGAACAAUGUGAAUUUGCCUUUUUAGUAUCUGAUGAUGAAUUGGAAGAUUAUGCGAUUGAAUUAGCAUAUUAUUGUUCGGUCGAUACCAUGAGAUUACAUGAGCUUAAUAUCAAAAGAAACAUUAUCAGUGAUUAUAUACAAUUAGCAGAACUCUCAUACGUGACGAUAUCAAAUGUAUUCACAAAUGCUAUAGGUUGUCUGGUUCGAAAUCUAUUUGGAAAAUACUCAUCUCAGAAGAAAAUAUUAGUUUCCUCGAGAGUAAAGAGGAUAGUUGAGCAAGGGAAAUAUGAAGGAGCUUUAGUCCUAGUUCCAAACAAAUCUUUUACUACACCUGUAGCGGAUCUUGAUUUUGCGUCAUAUUAUCCUAACACAAUAAUCUUAAACAACAUAUCAACUGAUACCCGAUUAAACAACUUUACUACUGACUCAAAUAUCAUAAUUGAUAAUGAAAAAACCUAUGGUAUUUUCAAAAAACAUCAUGGUAAGCGAGACAAAAUGGGAAUUAUGCCUUUGAUGUGUCAUGAUCUUUUAGAAGCUUGUAAUGAAACGAAACGGUUAAUGAAGAUUCAUAAAAAUGAUAAAUCUAAAUAUCUUUAUUAUUCGUCAAAAUCUAACGCGUUAAAAAUAUUAGCAAACUCAGUGUAUGGAGAAACUGGUUAUAAAUUUUCUCCGUUAUAUCGUGAAGAAAUAGCGUCGAGCAUAACAGCAUUUUGCCACCACAUGUUAAAGCAAGUAAUCGAAUUCAUCAGUCAACUAGGCUUUAUUAUAAUUUAUGGAGACACAGAUUCGAUAUUCUAUACUUUACCGGAAUCUUUUUUUAUCGAUCUACAUCUUCAAUAUCGAUCAAAUUUGAUAACUAAAGAGGAAUAUUGGCGAGAAAUGGUGAAAAUAAUAAUCGAGCAAUCGAAUAUUCUUGAAACAAAAAUAAAUGAAUAUUUAAAAGAAAAAACAAGUUUUUCAUAUCUUCGUAUGACAUAUGAGAAGACGAUGUGGCCAACAAUCUUUAUAGCAAAGAAACAUUAUUUUGGGGUUGUACAUGAGUCAGAAUCAAAUUUCACAUCACCUUCUUUAUACUUGAAGGGUGUAAAAGUUGUGAAGCAAAACGUAUCAGAAUUUUACAAGAUAGUUGCUGAGGAAAUGAUUUGGUCAGCUCUCGGUUUCAAUCAUGAGGACAAAUCCAUAAAGCGAGAAGAUAUAGAUCGCAAACAGUCAACAUUUCAAAUAAUCAACAAAUAUAUCUGUCAGAAAAAUAUAUCGUUAGAUUUGUUCGUGUUAACAGCAAAAUACGAUUCUGUGUACUCUCCUAUAUCAUUAAUCGAAUUUGAAAAGUUAUUCAAUCCUCAUUUACAUGACAAAGAAGAAUUAAAACGAAUACGAGAAAAACAAAAAAACUCUGAGACCCGAAAAGGAAAUCGAAUGGUGAUUGCAUUUGCUUCUAUGAUGCAACGUAAUAAAAAACCUUUAGAACCUGGUAGAUUCUAUUAUUAUAUUGUGUCUAAAGAAGGCCAAAAUAAUAAGAAUGUUGAUACCUGGCAAAAGAUGAUGUUAACCGAUGAGUUCGAUCCUAGAAAACAUAAGAUAGAUGUUAAUCAUUAUUUUUAUAGCUUGCGAGAUAUAGUUUCAGGAUUAACAGAAUACGAUGAAAAGCAAACUAUACAAUUGAUCCAAGAGUUAUGUGAGAAUCAAACACAGACCAGAUUACAAUAUUCACGUAAUGUAAUUAAUAAAAGAAAAAGUGUAUCUUCUGAUGAAAAAUCUAAAUUCGAUUUCACAUCAAACAACUAUUUCUCGAUUAUUCCCAACGAGUUGAUCCAAAAGAUUUUCGAUUAUUUAUACGAUGAACCUAAAUCUCAACUAUUUUUAGGUUUCACAUGCCACAAUUUAUACCAACAAUAUCAAGACUUUAUUUGGAAUCUAUCAAUUUUUAAAUUUCAUGGAAAGCUUAGUGAUCCUUCUUUGUUUUUCGAAGUAACAGAUUUAAAAAAAGCGAAAAAAUUAUCAAAAGUUACUUUCCAUAAAAGAUAUUCACGUUGUUCCUGGUGUAAGAAAAAAGCGCUUUCAUGUGGACCAGAAUAUCCUUGUCGUAAUUGUUGUGAAGGUGCUUGUAAGAAGACUGAAGUUACAAAGAAAAUAUUUACUAAUAAUCAAGGAAUAAGAUAUGUUAAAUCGAUCGCUCCUUACUGGUCGAGCAAUAUUUACCUGAGACAUAUUGAUGCAAUAGACGAUCUUAUAAAAAAGAGAUGUAGAAAAUGUCAAGAGAAAGCUGUUUGUUCUAAGGUUAUAUUAUUAAAUGGUACUUGUGAUGUAGAUAUGUGUCCUUAUAAUCAACAAAUCCAAGAAAUAAUGUUUUCAGAGUUUUAUCAAAGAGUUGAUAGGAUAGCUCAUAAACAUUUCAUGUGUGAACCAUGUUAUAAUUCAUGUCAAAAAUUGGCCAAUUUACCAAUCAUGAUUCCAACUUUAUGGACGCCUGACAUUCCUUGGGAGUUCAUAUAA